CCUCUAACCCCAACUGCACGUGUUUUUGUUGAGAAUUGAGUAUAAAUAAAAUUAGUGCGUCCCCUGAACACCUGGAAAUUAAUUAACUGCGCCAUGGGCAAGAAGAACAAAGGCGCCGCGGCCAACCUGGGCCGCCAGUUGAUCAAGGAUCGCUUUGGCCACACGCCGCGCCGCAAGGUGGACAACGAUACGAUGCUGCACACCACCGAGCUGCAGGAUGGCUACGACUGGGGCCGCCUCAACCUGUCCUCGGUGACCGAGGAGUCCUCCUUCCAGGCCUUCCUGCGCACCGCCGAACUGGCGGGCACCGAAUUUCAGGCCGAGAAGCUGAACAUCACGUUCGUCAACCCGAAACAGCGGGUGGGUCUGCUCAGCAAGACGCAGGAGCAGCGGAUGCACCAGAAGCACGUCGAGCACCGCGACCAGCUGAAGAUCCCGCGGCGUCCCAAGUGGAACAAGGAGACGAGCGCCGAGGAGCUGGAGCGGGCGGAGAACGAGGCCUUCCUCGACUGGCGUCGCGACCUGGCGCUGCUGCAGGAGGACGAGGAGAUCCUGAUGACGCCGUACGAGAAGAACCUCGAGUUCUGGCGCCAACUGUGGCGUGUCGUCGAGCGUUCCGACGUUGUCGUUCAGAUCGUGGAUGCCCGCAAUCCGCUGCUCUUUCGCAGCCUCGAUCUCGAGAGCUAUGUGAAGGAGGUGGAGCCGACGAAGAUGAACAUGAUCCUGGUCAACAAGUCGGAUCUGCUGACCGAGGAGCAGCGACGCCACUGGGCGGAGUACUUCGAUGCCGAGGGCAUUCGCACGGCCUUCUACUCGGCCACCUUGGUGGAGGAGGAGCUGAAGCGCGAGGCGGAGGCGGCGCGCCAGGAGGAGUUCCCCGCGGUGCAGCAGCUGCGGCAGGCGGCCGAGGAGAUUCACCAGUCGCUGGACAAGGUGGAGGACACGCUGAGCGCCAUCGAGCAGAAGAUCAAGGCGGAGAUAAAGGAGGAGGAGAAGGAUCAGCUGCCCCAACUGCCGGGCGACAAGAACAGCCCGCGUUUGCUGUCGCGCCUGGAGCUCAUCGAGUUCCUGCGGCACAUCUACACCGGUCCGCGGCACACGGAGCAGCACGUGACCAUCGGCAUGGUCGGCUAUCCCAAUGUGGGCAAGAGCAGCACCAUCAACUCGCUGAUGACCGUAAAGAAGGUGUCCGUUUCGGCCACGCCCGGCAAGACCAAACGUUUUCAGACUCUCUUCCUGGACAAGGACAUCCUGCUGUGCGACUGCCCCGGCCUGGUGAUGCCCAGCUUCGUACUGACCAAGGCGGACAUGCUGCUCAACGGCAUCCUGCCCAUCGACCAGAUGCGCGACCAUGUGCCCGCCGUCAACCUGCUCUGCGAGCGCAUUCCGCGCCACGUCCUCGAGGACAAGUACGGCAUCGUGAUAGCCAAGCCGCUGGAGGGCGAGGACAUGGAGCGACCGCCGCACUCCGAGGAGCUGCUGCUGGCCUACGGCUACAAUCGUGGCUUCAUGACCUCCAAUGGACAGCCGGAUCAGGCGCGUUCGGCCAGAUAUGUGCUGAAAGACUACGUCAAUGGCCGGCUGCUGUACGCCAUGGGUCCGCCCUCGCUGCCCCAGCAGGAGUACCACACGUUUCCUGAACGCCAGCGCAAGGUGAUCGAGGAAUCGCAGCUGCCCAGCCAGCAGCAGAGAGCCAUGAGGAUUGACAAGAUCAACACCAAGGAGCUGGACAAUCAGUUCUUCUCGGACAAGCCCACCCAUGCUCAUGUCAAGGGACGCACCAACUUCCCGAAUGUGAGGUUAGCCAACGAUGGCUCUUUAGUAGCCGGCAACGAUCCGGCGGCCAAGCCCUGGCGUCACGUGAAGAAGGAGAGGCGCGAGAAGCUGCGCAAGAAGUUCUCUCACCUGGACGAGCACUGAUUGCUGCAGUCCACCCCGUAAUUUAUUCCCCCUCCGCGAGGCACUUGUAUAUUAUUAGCUUUAGGCUUACGUGUAGCUAUUAAAGUUCCCUGAACCUGA